AUGGAGGGGUCUUACACGCAAAUACCCACAGAAGUAAUUGACAGGAACCCUCCUCCCAGCGAUUUGCGUAUUGAACCUCUUGAGCCAUCUGAGGACAACAGUGACCCUAAAAGGGAAAUUGAGGUCAUCAAAAGAAUGAACUUCCAUUGUGUUCAACUUGGAAAUUACAGAAAACAUGGUGAUAGCAGAGCUGUUGAUCAAAAUUUUUAUAAGGAUCAAAAAGUGCAGUUGCCCCCCAUGAAAGACGAGGCCACAGCCGCUGAGCGUAAGGCCAUGCUUGAGGACCUCAAGGAGAAAUGUAAAAAGAUUCUAUGGGACCAUGAGUAAGUCAGUUUAUUAUCGUUAGUACUGCGAGCUAAGACAGUCCAGAAAUCUACCAACUGAGUUCUUCAAAGAACCUCCUGGCUCUAUGAAAGAUAGUGUUACAAGCGACGCCAAAAUCGAAGAGGAAAUUCGAAAGUAUUCUGGAAGUAAAUUUCUCAGAGAAUUCAGAGAGACUAUUCGCAACAAGAAAGAUUCAUUGACGGGAGUCACGAAGAUUUUUGCACUUGGGGGCGGCACCCUUACCAAUAUCGCCCCGUUAUCUCUGCUCAGCUGUAUUCAGCAUGCAGAAUUGUUGGCGAUACGAGACAUUCUUGACCCCGAUGGAACAAAAAUUGAAAUUAUUAUUCAAGAUCCAAUGUACACCAAUCGGGAUAAACACAUGGCUAAAACCCUAGGAAUGAGAGUCGUCGAAGACAAAUACAAUGAGCACGAAAGCUGGUUCAAUAUCGAUGGUUCAACGCUUGUUGUAGACUUGAUCUUGCCCGUAGCGGUGAAGAAAUAUCUCGUCGAAAUUUUCAAACCUCUCGCGUUCCUGGGUGAAGAAAUGGACCCAUUCCUCUUUAGAGAAGGCACCCCUUCUAUCUCAAGUAUAAAGAUGGAGACAUUUAUACUGUCCCCGGAACGGGCAAGUGAGUCACAAUUUUACUUAUUUUAUGCAUAUGGCAUAACGGAGGGCAUUUUGGAGCGUUCACUGACUACCUUCUUAGACCAAAAUAUACAUUGGAAAUGUUCAACAAAGAGUACGAGGCAACCAAGAUGAACAUCGACGGAAUGGAUUUUGGAGUCAAGCGCGAAUUCAAAUGGGCCAAUGACGGCUUCAACGGGGGUUCUUUCAUGGGAAAUGCUCCUCAUCUUUACAUUCGUAAGAGUAGCUCAAAGUGA